GUCAGUGUUCUCUUUGAGGAGCAGGAAUCUCUGAAGGGGGAGGCGGUGGAUCUGUCCUGUCCCAUCAACCCCAGCUCCACCCAGGAGGAGAUGGAACAGUCCGCCCACCUCAUGACACUCGGACUCUGUCGGAUUUCUGCUGUGAAAGCUCCUCCUCCUCCACCUGCUGAGCCCCCCUCGCUACAGCACACCAGGACCGACGGACAAAUAGAGACUCCGCCCCCUAACCGCAGGCAGCUGCUGUGCUUUUUUUGUCCACUGACUCUCCCAUCGAAGCGUCUUCUGGACGUCCAUGUCCGGUCUCACCAAGCUGGCGGUGGAUUCAUCUGCAUCCGUUGCAGCAGGACAUCUGAUAGCUGGGAGGAGCUGGAGCUUCACUGGAGGAGCCACAGCAGGAGAAGGAGGAUGAGGACGAGGGAGGGACAACAGCAGGAGGAGAAGAAAAAGAAGAAGAAGUGUCAAAGAACAAACAGGAUGUCAGUGUCGGGAAGCACCUGGAACAGGACUUCAGACAGAUGGAGGAGCCCACUGAUUGGACAGGGCGAAUCCAAGGAGGCGGAGCUUUCUGACAGGUCCAUUCCCCGGAAGACCAGACCACAUCAGACCGAUUCAUCCCAGAACUUCUCAGGGUUCAGAACAACCAACACAAAAAACAUGGAAACUAAUACCAGCCAUCAGAAAGGCCUCUGUUGCUCACUGUGUCACAGGACAUUCUCUUCCAAACUGACUCUGAGGCGUCACCUUGGUGUCCACAGUGGGGAGAGACCAUACACCUGUCCUCACUGUUCCUACAGCAGCAGACUGAAGGCCUCACUUCUGCAGCACUUGAGGACUCACACAGGUGAGAAGCCGUACAAGUGUUCUGAGUGUUCCUAUGCUUCCAUCGAUCGCAGCUCUUUGGUCAGACACGUCAGAACUCACAGUCAGGAAAAACCAUACAGGUGUCACCUCUGUACAUACUGCAGUAUCCAGAAGAAAAGUUUGGACCUCCAUGCUCGCCGUCAUCACACCAGUGAAGCGUUUCCAUGCCAACACUGCUAAUCAUGUCUGUGGAUGAGCUUCAUGAGGAACGUGUGACUGCAGCUCCUCACCACAGAAGCUCAGGAGAAGGUGUCGGUUCAAGGGAACAGCAGAGGAGGAUCAAGUUCUUCAGGCAGCGGACCUCCCCAACAUCCAGCUGUUGUAUCUUUGUCCUCAUCCCAUCGUCCACUGGAUUUGUGGAAAGGAUGGUCUCUCUCAUGAACAACAAGUGGACUGAUGUGAAACAAAUGUUCUUGUGAACUAAUCAGAAGUGAGCUCCUAGUCAGUCUAAAUGAUGAAAGAAAGAAGUAUUAUAACUAUAAUAAAUAUAAUAUAAGU